CAGCAUGGAGAGUGUAACCACCUAGGGUACCCAUGGUUUUCACUUACUGGAUUAGGGGUCAACUCUUUCUUUUAGUGCCCACGGGCAGAAUGUUCUCAGCUGAUAGAAGAUCCUAUCUUACGCAUAUGUGAACAGCCCAGGAAUAUAUUAAACAUUUUCCCAAGCUAUUUCAGAAUCAGAGCAAGCCGCUGGGUCUACAGACAACCACAGUCUGAGGAAGUGGAAGGCUUGCCCUCCGAGCUGCAGAAAUACUCUUUCUCAGGCACCAUUUCCUCAUGGGACUUAACUCACCAGAGACUUUUAAUGGACCAUAUCUUGAGGAUUCUCUGGCUACAAGAGACUGCUUAGCAAUUAAUGACACAUAAACUCUAGAAGUUCUUCAGGUCAGAAAAGAUAUAUGACAGAGUGAUCAUAGAUAUUACAUGGCUUAAAGAACAUUUGCAGGGGGAACAGUAAUAUAGUGGCCAGUAACAUUUGCUGACUAAUUUCUGUGCACCAGUCAUUGUGGCUUAUAAUUUGCAUGUGCUAGUUUACUUCACAAAGCAAUCCAAUGAAUAGCUAUUAAUAUUAUCCUAAUUUACAGGUAAAAGAGAGAAAAUAUGUUACCAAGGGUGAUCACAGACACAAAGUGGUAGCAUCCAGAUUUAGAUUCAUAAAACCCAACUUUGGAUCUUGCAUAUGCAGUGAUGGAUAGGCAUAGUAGCAAGAAUGAAAUGCCUUUUUUGUUAUCUACACUGAGUCACCACCAAUACCUUUGGCUUACACAUUUAUCCAACUAUUAUUAGUUCAAAAGUCUAUUGCUUACACCGCCCCCUCUACUGCUCAAAAGAAUGAAGGGAGCUGAAAGAAUGUUAAGAGCCAGAAGAUAGAGAGGAUUUGAAAUGCUAUCUUUAAGGUAUGGCACAACCAUUGCAAUCAUGAACUCACAGUUGCUAUGGAUGCCUAGACUGGGCCUGAAGAAGUCUGGCCCUAUAGCAGGCAGUCAUUGCUUGGAGGGGAGCUCAUGAGGCCCUACCCUACUCUGCUGCACAACUGACUACUGAUAGAUUUAGUGUGUGUGUGUGUGUGUGUGUGUGUGUGUGUGUGUGUGUGUGUGUCAGAGAGAGAGAGAGAGAGAGAGAGAGAGAGAGAGACAGACAGACAGACAGACAGACAGAGACAGAGAGAGACAGAGACUGCCUUCAGCUGUGCAGCCAUUCAUGGACACUCCAAGCUUCUAUGGACAGCAAAAUCCAUGGCCACACAGAUGUUUCUGGUUAACCUCAGUGGGACAAAACCCAAACAAAAAGAUAUUAAUGUAGGAAAUGUGAGGAAGGAUUUUUAGGAAAGAGGGACGGUUGGCAGGGACAGGAAGAAGAUAAAGGAGGGGGGUUGAAUCAUAAGAAAGAACUAUGUAUGUGUAUGAAACUGUCAAAGAAAAAACUAAUUAAGAAAAAGAGGUUUACAUGUCUACAUCCAUUGACCAAUCCCAACAUUCUUUAGUCCCUCCUAACAACCUCCAGCGUCUCUCAUGUAUGCUUGACAGUAUCUAUAGAUAACUGUACCCUAACAGCCUUACUAUCUAUCCAAGGACAAUGGUAUCUACUAUUUACUGUGAGCAAGGCGUGUUCUCAGUUCUUUACAAGUCGUAAAUUACUAAUCGUAGUUGACAUCAAUUCAUGUGGGUAAAAUUGCCUCAUUUUACAGAUGAGAAAAUCAAGUUACAGAGAGCUGGUUAAACAGUUUGCUCAAAGUCAUGUAGUUACUAAGUGACAGCCAGGAUUCUAAUCUAAUCUCAGCAUUGAGUCCUAAUCUUGACCAUUAUUUUAUGAUGCUUUUUAAACAACUUACUUUAUGAUGCAAAUUUUAUUUUGUUUCAACAUUUAGUGCCAAAAUAAGAGUACUUCACAUCCACAAGCAGGAAGUAGACUUCAUACCUCUCUAAGAUAAAAGACCUACUCACAAUCAAAAAAUGUCCCUGCAGAUGGUUACAGUGGGUCAUAACAUAGCCUUAAUUCAACCAGGCUUCUCACUGAUGAAUUUUGAUGGUCAAGUUUUUUUCUUUGGCCAAAAAGGCUGGCCUAAGAGAUCCUGCCCUACUGGAGUCUUUCAUUUUGAUAUAAAACAAAAUCAUCUCAAACUGAAGCCUGCAGUUUUCUCUAAAGAUUCCUGCUACCUCCCACCUCUUCGUUACCCAGCUACUUGCUCGUACAAAGGCAGCACAGACUCUGACAAGCAUCAAUAUAUCAUCCACGGAGGGAAAACGCCAAACAAUGAGCUUUCCGAUAAGAUUUAUAUCAUGUCUGUCGCUUGCAAGAAUAACAAAAAAGUUACUUUCCGUUGUACAGAGAAAGACUUAGUAGGAGAUGUCCCUGAAGCCAGAUAUGGCCAUUCCAUUGACGUGGUAUAUAGCCGAGGAAAAAGUGUUGGUGUUCUCUUUGGAGGACGGUCAUACAUGCCUUCUACCCAAAGAACCACAGAAAAAUGGAAUAGUGUAGCUGAUUGCCUACCCCAUGUUUUCUUGGUAGAUUUUGAAUUUGGGUGUGCAACGUCAUAUAUUCUCCCAGAACUUCAGGACGGGCUGUCUUUUCAUGUUUCUAUUGCCAGAAAUGAUACCAUUUAUAUUUUGGGAGGACACUCACUUGCCAGUAACAUACGUCCUGCUAACUUGUAUAGAAUAAGAGUAGAUCUUCCCCUGGGUACCCCAGCAGUGAAUUGCACUGUCUUGCCAGGAGGAAUCUCUGUCUCCAGUGCAAUUGUCACUCAAACAAAUAAUGAUGAAUUUGUUAUUGUUGGUGGUUAUCAGCUGGAAAAUCAAAAAAGGAUGGUGUGUAGCAUUGUCUCUCUAGGGGACAACAGGAUUGAAAUUAGUGAGAUGGAGACCCCAGACUGGACCCCAGAUAUUAAGCAUAGCAAAAUAUGGUUUGGAAGCAACAUGGGAAACGGGACUGUUUUCCUUGGCAUACCAGGAGACAACAAGCAGGCUAUGUCAGAAGCAUUCUAUUUCUAUAUGUUGAGAUGCUCUGAAGAUAAUUCGAGUGAGGAGCAGAAAAUUGUCUCAAACAGUCAGACAUCAACUGAAGAUGCCGGGGACUCCACUCCCUUUGAAGACUCGGAAGAAUUUUGUUUCAGUGCUGAAGCAAUCAGCUUUGAUGGUGAUGAUGAAUUUGACACUUACAAUGAAGAUGAUGAAGAUGAUGAAUCUGUAACCGGCUACUGGAUAACGUGUUCCCCUACUUGUGAUGUGGACAUCAAUACUUGGGUUCCAUUCUAUUCAACUGAGCUCAAUAAACCCGCCAUGAUCUAUUGUUCUCAUGGGGAUGGACACUGGGUGCAUGCCCAGUGCAUGGAUCUGGAAGAACGCACACUCAUCCACUUGUCAGAAGGAAGCAACAAAUAUUACUGCAAUGAGCAUGUGCGGAUAGCAAGAGCAUUACAAACUCCCAAAAGAAACCUCCCCUUACAAAAGCCCCCAAUGAAAUCCCUCCACAAAAAAGGCUCCGGGAAAGUCUUGACUCCUGCCAAGAAAUCCUUUCUUAGGAGGUUGUUUGAUUAGUUCAGCAAAAGCCCCUCAGAUUCACGUGCGUUGGUUUCUAAAUCUACUCUUUAAAUCAUAAACGGAAUUUCGAUUUUUGUUUACUGAAAUCUAUAUGCUACGUUUUGGUUGUGUGAAUUAAGCGCUGUUUUGAUGUGAUGUUAAGUACAAUUAUUCUAACAUGUGUGGUUUUUAACAUUUUAUCUGUAAUUUCUUAAAUGAGAAAUGUUACACAGUCUUUCAUUAAGGAUAGCAGUGAUAAAGUAUAGAGCUCUUGCAUUAUUUUGUAACAAUCUACAUGUUGAAUAGUAACUAAAUACCAAUAAACUAAUGCACAAAAACAAUUAAGUUGUUUUGUGUAAUAAAUAGCCUAUAGUUGGUUUAAACAGUUAAAACUAUAUUCCACACUACUGCUGUUUAUAAAUUUUAAGGUGGCCUCUUGGAUUAUACCCAUGAACAGACAGAUAUAGAUAUAGAUAUAGAUAUAGAUAUAGAUAUAGAUAUAGAUAUAGAUAUAGAUAUAGAUAUAGAUAUAGAUAGAUAGAUAUAGAUAGAUAUAGAUAGACAGACAGACAGACAGACAGAUAGAUAGAGAUAGAGAUAGAUAUAUUGUGUAUUCAGCACCAUGAAGAAAAAAACUAAUCUAUAUCAAGCCAGGUAUAGUGAUGGUGAUACACGCCUGUAAUCCUGGCAAAUUUGUGAGUUUGAUGCUCGUUGAGGUAUGGUCUCUUGCUAUGUGUUGUAAUGCUAAGUGCGGGCCCCAAGAUCUGCUUGCUCCAGAGUCAAGAGAGCCCACAAAUAGACCCAAGUGAUUCUCUGCAACCUUGCCCCCAAGUUAUUUGUGGUUGAGUGAAUAAAGAUGCCAACAGCCAAUAGCUGAGCAGAAGAUACAUAGGUGGGGGUUGAUGAUGCCCUGGCUUGGGGUAGGAGGAGACCAUGAGGAAGGGGGAGAAAAAGGUGAAGUCUCCUCCUUCACCUAAAAAAGCAUAGGUUAGGAGUCAAAAAAACAUGGCCCUGAGUGCUGGCCACUGGGAGUUAAGAGCAGCCCAGAUGAAAUGUCGCAAUAACUUGGGGUAUAAGUAGGAAAUAGAUUUUAAUAGCAUAUAAGGUAGAUAUCUACCCAGCCCUAGAGCUAAUUAAGGCUUAUUGUAAAUAUAAAGGUCUUACGUGUCAGGAAAAAAAUGGUCAAACAAGGAGUAGAAACUCUGAAUUGGGAUCAAAAUUUUCUACAACAGACACCGUCUGGGGCUACAUUUUAUCUCAAAUCCAAAAGCUGAUAGAAGACAGAGCACUGGUGGCAUUGUCACGUCCCAUGCUCAAAGUCCUGAGUCCAAUACUGUGGACAUUUUCUUGAAUUACCUACAUACGCUUCAGGAGUAAAAAAUAUAUUCCAAACACACGCCUUUGUCCGAAUCACUCGCUUUGGGGCCUCACAUUUAAUUCCUUCAAAAUCAAUGGUUCACCCCCUUUGAAAAUGCUCAAUUGUUGUUCCUCUUUUUCCUUAAAGAUGGUUGUCAUCUCUGGAAAUAGUCAUAUGUCAUUCAAGGCCCGAUAGCAUGAAGCCCUGAAGUGUUGCCUUACCACUUUAAUUGAAAAGUGAAAUAUGACCAUAAGCUUAGACAGUGGUUUGGGGCUAUUAAUCUCAUGGCAGGGUUUGGGGGUGCCUAAUACUGAGUCCUGAACUGUUUUCUAAGUACCUGUUUUCAAACAAGUAUGGAAAUGUUAUCAAUAAAUAUGCUAUCAAUAAAAAGAAAACUUUCAUAUUCCGUGAAUGAAAACUCUUAAUUUCUUGGAGGAAAAGCACCAAAUCCCUCAUUGGGACUUGACAUGAUUCUUUAGUUCCACCAGCUCCUUCCCUGAACACAGUUGUACUGGCUAGUUUUGUGUGUCAACUUGACACAAGCUGGAGUUAUCAUAGAAAGGAGCCUUAGCAACCAACAGAUUGGGAAAAGAUCUUUACCAAUCCUACAACAGAUAGAGGCCUUAUAUCCAAAAUAUACAAAGAACUCAAGAAGUUAGACCGCAGGGAGACAAAUAACCCUAUUAAAAAUGGGGUUCAGAUCUAAACAAAGAAUUCACAGCUGAGGAAUGCCGAAUGGCUGAGAAACACCUAAAGAAAUGUUCAACAUCUUUAGUCAUAAGGGAAAUGCAAAUCAAAACAACCCUGAGAUUUCACCUCACACCAGUGAGAAUGGCUAAGAUCAAAAACUCAGGUGACAGCAGAUGCUGGCGAGGAUGCGGAGAAAGAGGAACACUCCUCCAUUGUUGGUGGGAUUGCAAACUGGUACAACCAUUCUGGAAAUCAGUCUGGAGGUUCCUCAGAAAAUUGGACAUUGAACUGCCUGAGGAUCCAGCUAUACCUCUCUUGGGCAUAUACCCAAAAGAUGCCCCAACAUAUAAAAAAGACAUGUGCUCCACUAUUUUCAUCGCAGCCUUAUUUAUAAUAGCCAGAAGCUGGAAAGAACCCAGAUGCCCUUCAACAGAGGAAUGGAUACAGAAAAUGUGGUACAUCUACACAAUGGAAUAUUACUCAGCUAUCAAAAACAACGGCUUUAUGAAAUUCGUAGGCAAAUGGUUGGAACUGGAAAAUAUCAUCCUGAGUGAGCUAACCCAAUCACAGAAAGACAUACAUGGUAUGCACUCACUGAUAAGUGGCUAUUAGCCCAAAUGCUUGAAUUACCCUAGAUGCCUAGAACAAAUGAAACUCAAGACGGAUGAUCAAAAUGUGAAUGCUUCACUCCUUCUCUAAAAGGGGAACAAGAAUACCCUUGGCAGGGAAGAGAGAGGCAAAGAUUAAAACAGAGACUGAAGGAACACCCAUUCAGAGCCUGCCCCACAUGUGGCCCAUACAUAUACAGCCACCCAAUUAGACAAGAUGGAUGAAGCAAAGAAGUGCAGACCGACAGGAGCUGGAUAUAGAUCGCUCCUGAGAGACACAGCCAGAAUACAGCAAAUACAGAGGCGAAUGCCAGCAGCAAACCACUGAACUGAAAAUAGGACCCCCGUUGAAGGAAUCAGAGAAAGAACUGGAAGAGCUUGAAGGGGCUCGAGACCCCAUAUGUACAACAAUGCCAAGCAACCAGAGCUUCCAGGGACUAAGCCACUACCUAAAGACUAUACAUGGACUGACCCUGGACUCUGACCUCAUAGGUAGCAAUGCAUAUCCUAGUAAGAGCACCAGUGGAAGGGGAAGCCCUGGGUCCUGCUAAGACUGAACCCCCAGUGAACUAGACUGUUGGGGAGAGGGCGGCAAUGGGAGGAGGGUUGGGAGGGGAACACCCAUAAGGAAGGGGAGGGGGGAGGGGGAUGUUUGCCCGGAAACCAAAGAAUUAUUAUUAAAUAUUAAAUAAAUUUAAAAAAAAGAAAGGGGCCUUAGUUGAGGAAAUGCCUCCAUGAGACCCAGCUGUAAGGCAUUUUCUCAAUUAGUGAUCAAUGGGGAGAACCCAGCCCAUUGUGUGUGGUGCAGUCUCUGGGCUGGUGGUCUUGGGUUCUAUAAGAGAGCAGGUGGAGCAAGCCAGGAGAAGUAAGAAACAUCCCUCCAUGGCCUCUGCCUCAGUUCCUGCUUCCUGACCUGUUUGAGUUCCAGUCCUGACUUCCUUUGGUGAUGAACAGCAAUGUGGAAGUGUAAGCUGAAUAAACCCUUUCCUCCCCAACUUGCUUUUUGGUCAUGAUGUUUGUACAAGAAUAGAAACCCUGAUAA